AUGCCCAACACCGUCAUAUGUAUCGGCAUGGCCGGGUCUGGCAAGACCACGUUCAUGCAGCGUCUCAACUCUCAUCUCCACGCCAAGAAAACUCCUCCAUAUGUGAUAAACUUGGAUCCUGCUGUUCUCAAGGUGCCUUUUGGUGCCAACAUCGAUAUUAGAGAUUCGGUUAAAUACAAAAAAGUAAUGGAAGAAUACAAUUUGGGACCCAACGGAGCCAUUGUCACAUCGCUCAACUUGUUCGCAACGAAAAUCGACCAGGUUAUCAAGCUUGUGGAAAAAAGAUCCCUGGCAGUGGAAAAUGUCAUCAUUGAUACUCCAGGUCAAAUCGAGUGUUUUAUUUGGUCUGCCAGUGGAGCCAUUAUCACUGAAGCAUUUGCAUCGCAAUUUCCCACGGUUAUUGCCUAUAUCAUUGACACUCCCAGAAACUCAUCUCCAACUACUUUUAUUUCGAAUAUGCUUUACGCUUGUUCGAUUCUUUACAAGACAAAACUUCCUAUGAUUAUUGUAUUCAACAAAACAGACGUCAAGAAGGCAGACUUUGCCAAGGAAUGGAUGCAAGAUUUUGAGUCGUUUCAGGCGGCACUCCGCAGAGACCAGGAAAUAAAUGGUGAAAAUGGUGAGUCGUCGGGGUACAUGAGCUCGCUCGUUUCUUCCAUGUCAUUGAUGUUGGAUGAGUUUUACUCGCAACUCGACGUGGUUGGUGUCAGCGCAUACACUGGAGAAGGAUUUGAUGAGUUUAUGGAUGCCGUUGAUAGCAAGGUUGACGAAUAUAACGAGUACUAUAAAGCUGAACGAGACCGGAUAUUGAAACAGAAAGAGGAAGAUGAAAAAAAGAGACAGACAAAAAGUCUUUCCAAUCUCAUGAAAGACUUGGAUUUGGACCAGUCUCAGAAAGACCUGGAUGUCUUAUCAGAUUUGGAGUCGGAAGAAGACGAAAAUAAUGGAGAAGUUAUGAGAGAUGAAGAUGAACCCGAACGCCAGUAUACAUUUCCCGAAGACCGAAACUCGGAAAUCAACGAAAGUACCGAUGCCGACCUCCAAAGUCGGUACCAAGCUGCGUUUGAAAAGACCGCCAAACUGCCCAGCUCCGAGACGGCCGAGAACAUUGCAAACUACAUCCGGAGAUAA